AUGGCGGGUGUCGUUUUAUGGCUCGCAAAGAAAGGGGUCGAGAACCGACCGGCACACGAAGGUGAUCCGAUUCUCUCCUCAUGGACCACCGACUUAUUCGAGAUGUGCCUGCGCGCAGGACUUGGCCCAGUAACCUCGCGGCCAGAUGACUUGUCAUCGGCGAAGACAAGGGGCAGCGGCUACCCUGCCCGACAAUCUAGUACCAGAGACAUCUACUACCAAUACUCACGGAUCUGCAUCGAGCAGGGACGCGGUCUUAGCGAUAUGAUCUCGGGGAAUGAUCGCUCGUUGCGGUCCAAGGAGGUGACCGGUGAACAGGACUUGGAACUGAACCCCCAGGGAUUCCUCCUGGAAGUCCGGGGCAUGAGUACGGCUAGCCCAACGGAUACGUCCGGAUGCGAAAUCCACGUCCCUCAGCGUAUUCUCGGGGGUAUGGCCAUGGCCAUUACCGGCGCGAUGUCGGGCCGAGCCGGCACGGCGCCAUCUUGUUUGUGACAGCGUGCG